AUGUGUAUUGUAAGACGAGAGAAAUGGAUAAGGCGUAUAGGGUGGUGGAGGAGAUUGAGGGAGAGGGAUAUUAGUCCAGAUGUGAUUACAUAUACGAGUUUGAUUGGUGGUUUGGGGCUUGUGGGGCAACCUGAUAAGGCAACGGAUGUUUUGGAAGAGAUGAGAGAGUAUGGAUGCUAUCCUGAUGUGGCAGCUUACAAUGCUGCUAUUAGAAAUUUCUGUAUUGCAAAGAGGAUUGGGGAUGCCUAUGGUUUGAUGAAUGAGAUGGUAAAGAAGGGGUUGAGCCCAAAUGCAACUACUUAUAAUAUUUUGUUGAGGACAUUUUAUUGGUGGAAUGAUUUGAUAAGUUCAUGGAACUUGUACCUGAGAAUGAGGGAAACAGGGUGUCUACCAAACACUCAAUCUUGUAUGUUUUUGAUCAGGUUGUUGAGAAGGCACGAGAAGGUUGAAAUGGCACUUGAGCUAUGGAAUGAUAUGGUGGAGAUGGGGUUUGGCUCUUAUAUAUUGGUCUCUGACGUUUUGUUUGAUUUGCUUUGUGACAUGGGGAAGUUGGAUGAGGCUGAGAGGUCUUUCUUGCAGAUGGUGGAGAAAGGGCAAAAACCAAGUAAUGUUUCAUUUAGGAGGAUUAAGGUGCUUAUGGAAUUGGCUAAUAGGCAGGAUGCUCUUCGUAAUUUGUCAGAGAAGAUGGCUCUUUUUGGCGGAUCUAUUAAACUUGCUGGGAGUGAAGAGAGUGACUUGGAAACAUCAGGCUCCAUGACUUGCUGAAUACAAUUUUCCAACUAUUCCAUCCAUGAAGUAUACUGCCAGGAUGCUGAGAUCAACAUUUUGUUGCCAUGUCAGCAGAAAUUUUUAUCAAUUGCGCCUCCAGAGGUGCAUCUAUAUGACAUGCCAGUUUCUCGCAAUUGCGUGUCCAGAAGUGCAUUUGUAUGACAUGCCAGUUUCUUGUUAAUUAGAUUAGGCAGAGUGUCAACAUGUUCUAGCUAUGUUGCAAUCAGUUUGAGUGGUGGCUGAGUAGAGCUGCUGAUCUUGAUCCUUUUUUUCUUUUUCCUUUUAUGGGUAGCAAUCAUCAUUCUUGCUGAUGUUUUUGGCUGCUCAAACUUUGAAAUUGCUUUCAUUUAGAUGUAUACCACAAGUAAAAUUUUGGUUGUAGUUGUUUCC